AUGCAAACAGCAACGACCGUAUCGGGAAGUGUUUUCGCUCUAUGUCAGUCUGCUGGAGCUGUUGGAGCAGUAGCUACAUCAACUUCCGUGGGUGUGGGGCUUGCAGCUGGUGCCACUGCAGGUGGUGUAACAGCUGCAGUUUGCGAGAAAAAGCGUCCUAGUCAGAACAAUGACGAGAAUGGACAGGCUGACGCUGAGGAAGAUGCUCAAGGUGAUAGUAAUGAAACGUCUGAUUUCUUUAACGACAUAGUGAGAUAUGAAAGCAGUACACAAACAUGCUUGUGGACCCCGAGUUUUCGGCAAACAAAUCUGGAAUGA